AGCUUCUAAGCGAUGUCUUCGCCAUGGAGUAGAAAUGUGCGUUUGGCCGUUUGUACUGUGAACAACUGGGCUCUCGAUUUCAAGGGGAACCGCGAGCGCAUUUUGCAAACUUGUGAGGAAGCAAAUCGCCGAGGUGCUCGAUUAAGGCUUGGGCCAGAGCUGGAGAUUCCAGGAUAUGGUUGUUCAGACCACUUUUAUGAAAUUGAUACGGAAGUUCACUCAUGGGAAAUUUUGAAAGAAAUAGUGGAAAAUUCCAAACAAUGGCCCGAUCUCUUGAUUGUGACUGGGAUGCCUGUCCGACACCGUAUGCUUCUCUACAACUGUUUGGUAGCAAUGCUGAACGGGAAGAUUCUGAUGAUCAGGCCAAAAAUGAUGUUGUGCGAUGACGAUGUCUACAGAGAGAGCCGGUGGUUUGUUAGAUGGUCAAAGCCUUUUCAAACAAUCGACUUUGAGCUGAACAAAGCAUUUGGUUUCGAUCAGGCUACGGUUCCAUUUGGUGAUGGUGUACUUCGAUCUAAGGAUGGUGUAACAAUUGGGUUUGAGAUCUGCGAAGAACUGUGGUCGGCACAUUCACGUUACAUGGAUUUUGGUUUACGUGGAGUGGAUAUUGUCUGUAAUGGAAGUGGCAGUCAUCAUGUACUGGGCAAAUCUAACUACCGCGUUAACCAGCUAAUUUUGGGUGGCAGCCAAAAGAAUGGUGGCAUCUAUAUGUACAGUAAUCAUAGAGGUUGCGAUGGGGAUCGCGUCUAUUACGAUGGUGCAUCUACAAUAGCGCAGAAUGGGAAAUUGUUUGCCCAAAUUAAUCAGUUUGAUAUCGAAGACACGUGCGUGGCUACGGCGGUUUUGAAUCUCAACGAAACUCUAAGUUUCCGUCAGAAGAAAAGCAGUAGCAAUCAUGAGGCUGCGCUUCUUCCUGAGUACUCCACAAUCAUCUUCGAUAGUAGUCUAACUCUGAGUGACGCGACAAUACCACUGACUAAAGAAAUUGAUAACUUUGAGAGGCUACAAUUAAGUCCAACAGAAGAGCUGUGCCAUGGUCCGCCAGCCUGGCUGUGGCACUAUUUAAGAAGGAGUAAGAUGAGUGGUUACUUCGUACCGUUAUCCGGUGGUCAAGAUAGUUCAUCGGUUGCUGCAAUGGUACGUCUCAUGUGCAACAAAGUCUGUGACGCAGCCAAGCGCAGGAAGGCGACGGAUGGUGGAGACGAUCCCGCAUAUUAUUUGAAUGGUGAGCAUGUUGGAGAGGAUCCUGCCGCGCUAUGUAACAAGGUGCUCUUCACGUGUUACAUGGCUAGUCAACAUUCUUCUGCUGGAACCAGGGCUUGUGCAGAUGGGCUUGCGAAAGACAUUAACAGCAAUCACUCCAGUAUCUUCAUCGACACAAUAGUCUCUGCUGCGCUGAAUGUUUUCAACAUGGCUUUGGGAUUCGUUCCUAGUUUUAAGAGUACUGAUGCCAGACAAGACUUAGCUUUGCAAAAUCUGCAGGCGCGGAUCAGAAUGGUUUUGGCUUACUUGUUUGCACAGUUAUGUCUUAUAGUCAAAGGACGUCCUGGAAGUCUUCUUGUGCUUGGUACAUCCAAUGUUGACGAAACGCUGGUAGGUUACAUGACAAAGUACGAUUGUUCUUCUGCGGAUAUAAAUCCGAUCGGAUCGAUAAGCAAAGCAGACUUGCGCAAGUUUCUGCGCAAGGUCCAUGAUGAUUACGGUAUGAAAUCUUUGAAGGCAGUGAUCGAAUCAGUUCCAACAGCAGAGCUCAGACCACUUGUCGAUGGUGACGUCGCACAGACAGAUGAGGAAGAAAUUGGUUUGACUUACGAUGAGCUUUCUGUAAUCGGACAGCUAAGACGUCCACAUGGUAUGGGACCAUACAGCACCUUCCUUGCUUUAUGUUCGAUGUGGUAUCCGAAGUAUUCAUAUAACGAGAUAGAAGAGAAGGUGAAAAAGUUCUUCUGGCGCUACCGUGUUAAUCGACAUAAAACCACUGUUGCUACCCCUGCUUAUCACGCAACUGAGUAUAGUCCGGAUGAUCACAGAAAUGACCAUCGACCUUUUCUGUAUCCAGAUAUGUCUUACCAGUUUGAGAAAAUUCACUCAAAGGUUAUGGAGCUAAACGCCCGUGAUGACAAAUGUUGA